AUGAACUUGAAAGAUAAGAAAAAAAAAUCAAUCAUUGAAACUUUUGAUGAUGUAAGUGAUGUGAUUAAAAGUGAGUAUGAAACUCGCUUGAGAGCUUCGGUUUCUUGUUUGUCUUAUCUAUUGCGGCAAGGGUUGGCAUUUCAUGGACAUAAAGAAGAUGAAGAAUCUCUUAAUAGGGGAAAUUUCAUUGAGCUUUUGAAAUGGUUAAAGUCACAUAAUGAAGUUGUUUCAAAGGUCAUUUUUGAAAAUGCUCCCGAAAAUUGUCAAUUGACAUCUCCCAUGAUUCAAAAAGAUAUCAUAAAUUGUUGUGCCAAAGAAACAACUAAGCGGAUUAUAGAGGAAAUUGGUGAUGAUUACUUUGCUAUCUUGGCCGAUGAAUCUAGUGAUGUAUCCCAAAAGGAACAAUUAGCUCUUUGUUUGCGUUAUGUUGAAAAGAUAACGGGAAAGGUAGUAGAGCGAUUUCUUGGACUUGUUCAUGUUGGGGAUACCACCGAUUUGUCUCUUAUAAGUGCAAUUAUAUCUUUGCUUGUUGAUCAUUCAUUGAGUCCUUCUAAGAUUCGAGGGCAAGGUUAUGAUGGGGCUAGUAACAUGAAAGGCAAGCCAUAA